UUUUGUUAGCUUUGGCCCAGCUUUCUAGUCUAUUCAGGUCAUUUUGAAUGUUAUAUAGCACUUUUUGGCCCCAGAACUCCUGGAUAUUGUGUUGGGAAAUGCCUCCCGCACUGCCUUUAUGUCCUGCCUCCUGCAUGGCGCUUCCUCAACCUGCCCCUUUGCUCAUUGCUUUGAUGCCCCCCUUGAAACUCUGGCUGAUCCUUCCUCUUUCUCUCCCCACUGAACAGCAAGAGGUGGCCGCCUCAGCCUCGCAGCACUCCCACAGCCCCCGGGACUUCUUCCAGCAGCGAGAGCGUUUGGGCAGUGCCUUGGAACAGCCGUCCUCCCCGGGGGGCCAGCCAGGAGUGCCACGGCGGCCUUUCCUCCGCAUCCAGCGCAGCCUCACGGAAUCAUCCUACAUCUUCCGGCGCCCGGACCCUUCCCAGAACCCCUCUUCUUCUGGAGGCUUCCUGCCCUCCGGUCCAAGCCCUGGGGCAGCCCCUCUUCCCAGCUCCCACCAGCCCAAGCUGCCACCCCCCAUCAGCCCCAAACCUGGGCCUGGAGCCCUCCCUCGCAUCCCAGUCCCUGAGACAAGGGCUUCUCCCACCCCUCUCCCACCUGAGAAUGGGACCCUGCCGGUCACAGGGUCCAGCCCUAUGGUGGCUACUACUAGCCCUCUGGCGGAGGUCAGCACUCCUGAAAGAGGAGGAGGAGGAGGAGAGGGGUCUCCCUUCACCCCUCCCCCUGAGCUGGGUCCCCCCUCCCCUCCUGCAAGCACUGAGGUUGCCCCCCAUCUUGGUGACCCUCCCCAGGCCAGUUCUCUGCCACCACCCCACUCCCUUUCCGAUUCCCCGCAAGCAAAGGCUGCACCCCUGGGGCCAGUGAGCUCCUCCCAAGCAGAAUCUCUGCCCCACAGGGGGACCCCAAGCCCCUCGCCCUGCAGCCCAGACCAUCUGAUGGGACCCAGCCAAGCAGAGGGGCAAGGGAGCCCGUCCCUCCCCACAAAUGGCUUCCCACAGGAAGAGAGCCUUGCAACAGGUGACCCCCCAGCACCAAGUCAUGCUGAAUUGGCCCCAUCCUCUGGGCCCAAGGGGAUGAUGGGAGCUGAGGAAGAGGGUGCAUUGCCCAUGAGCCACGGACUGGGCACGGGAGAACAGGUGGACUCACCUGCUGGUGCCAAGCUCCCUGGAGCAGCACUGGGGGACCUUGGGACAGGUGUGAGGACACAAACUGAUGAUCAGCCCUCCCUUGUGGAAUGCAUAGACCAUGCUGGGGACCCCACCUUGCAGGCAGCAGAGGCUUGACUCCACCACUUGCACCCACACAUGCAUGCACUCACACAACACACACACACACCCUUCCAGGUUCCUUCUGCUUCAAGAGUCCCCCUCCAGCUGCAGCCUCCUCCCCAAUAAAGCAUAAAUGGUCCA